UGAAUAACCGGUUACCAGUUUUUAAUGCAUCUUUCAACACUACAGAACCCAGAAAAUUUCACUUUCAAUUCAUGUCUUUUAUGUAUUUUUUGGAUAUUCAGUAAUGAACUAGAAAUUUAAUUAUGAUGAAAUUUAACCAAAAACUGUUAAGUUACAUUAAAUUUUCUGGUCAUCGUAAUUAUCUGGUCACCUUGGAGUUGUGUUUAUCAAUUGUUUUCAUUCAUUCAGUGCUUUACUUUACUGGUUGACUUGAUGAAUUUCCCUUCUCAUAUAAACAACCUACAUCCUGCAUCUUUACUUUAUCAAUUGAUAUCGAUACUAACAACAUUCACGCCUGUUGAUCGGCUUUAUUUCCCUUGGCUUGUGUUUUAUAUUGUUUCCUUUGUUGGUUUUUUUGUGUUUCCUACCCGGUGCAACUGAAGAUAGAUUCUUCAAUCAAAAUGGAAAAUAUCAACCAAUAUAUGGAUGAACUUGCCAUCAUUGAGCAAGAUGUACAGAAAACGGGAGACAUUGGCUACAUGGUGAUUGACGAUGUCAUUGGUAAAUCUGAAGAAAAUUUACCAAUGUUUGCCAUGUCGGGAGGUGUUAAAGAGGAUUCUUCCGUCGCUGUUACAUUUCUUUAUCACCAGCAAGGUCAUUCAAUGAUGCUGUUUCUUGAUUCUCAGCAUAACGAGAAAGAUUACACCUGUGAUAAUAUCUUUUUAGAGCCAUUGUUAGAAACAUUAUUAUUCAUUUUCAUCAUAAUUGUUGGCUUAUCGGCACUUCUAUAUCUCUUCGUUAGAAGAAAAAGUAUUCCACCUUCAAAUUUCAAAUCGAUUGGCAAAAUAUGUUUUGACCCUAAACAAAUAAUCGGUUAUGGUUCAGCUGGUACCGUUGUAUAUAAAGGAUAUUUUGAAAACUCCCAACAAAUAGCUGUUAAAAGAGUAAUAAUUGACUAUUUUACUCUGGCUGAAAGAGAAAUAGAGCUUCUCCGAACUUUUCAACAUCAAAAUUUGAUUCGUUAUUUUGCUACUGAAUCUGACGAACUUUUUAAAUACAUUGGUAUCGAAUUAGCUCAUUAUUCCUUGGCUGAUUAUAUUGAAGGAACAAAUGAUCAGACAAUUGAUUUAGAUCCAAUUGAUAUUCUUUACCAAACUGGACUUGGUCUGGAGCAUCUUCAUUCAUUAAAUAUUGUUCACCGUGAUAUAAAACCACAAAAUAUUCUUAUAUCAAUGCCUUUAAAGCCCUCUCAAAAGAGAAAAAUUCUGAUAUCUGAUUUUGGUGUUAGUAAACAAAUUGCUUCUACAACAUCAAUGAGCGGAGAAUAUCUAGAAACAACUCAUAUUGUUCGAGGAACUGUUGGCUGGAUUGCUCCUGAGGUUAUUCAAAGUAAACUUGAUAGACAAGGCUCCAUAAAAUUUGCUAAACCUGUUGAUAUUUUUUCAUUUGGCUGCCUUUUCUAUUAUGUUAUGACCAAAGGUAAACAUCCGUUUGGUGAAUCAAUUGAAAGGCAAGCGAAUAUUUUGAAAGGGCGUUUCAAUUUGGAGCAUUUACCCGAUGAAGAAAACCUUUUAAAGACAAACAUAGUUGAAUCAAUGAUAGCCUUAAAGUCAACUGAACGACCAUCUAUCGAAGCUAUCUUGAAACAUCCUUUGUUUUGGACACCUGCUCGUCAAUUGGCUUUCUUUCAAGAUGUUUCAGAUAGAUUGGAGAAAGCAUCUCAUGAUUCUGAUCUAGUACAAUCACUAGAAAAAGGUGGAUUUGAUGUUGUAAAAGGAGACUGGCGUCGUCAUAUAACAGAAGAUUUGCAACACGAUCUUACUAAAUUUCGAAGUUAUCGAGGAAGCUCUGUGAGAGAUCUUUUAAGAGGUUUACGAAACAAGAAACAUCACUACCUUGAAUUAAAUCCAUCUUUGCAAAAAUCUCUGGGAGCGAUUCCAGAUGAAUUUGUUUCAUACUUUACCUCACGAUUUCCCAGACUGUUAAUUCAUUCGUAUAUUGCUAUGCAGGCUUUUCGAGAGGAGCGUAUUUUCAAAGAUUAUUAUGCUUCAAACAGUUGUUUCCCUCCCUUACCAAGAACCUGGAAAAGAUAUUUUGAAAGUAAUAAACCCAAAAAUGGGAAAACUUUCUCAUCAGAUGAAGAUGGUAGUCCUGUUGAAAAUGGUUCCAUCUAUAAAAAUUCAUUCUCUUCUAGUGAAAUAGGAAGUGAUAUUAAUGACAACAAUCCUAUUGAAUGUGACAAUUGGAGAUCAACCAAAUCAAAUGCAGGUGCUGAUCCAACUAAUCGAUUUUUUACUGACUUAAAAGGUAGAGAUAAAUUACCUGAAGGAUCAAUUGAAAUGGCAGCAACCUUGACUAAUUUAAAUGCCUGACGAUGUUAAUCUCUCAAUGUGUCAAAAAGUAAACAAAUAGAGAUAUGAUAUUUCAUCACUAUUUUCAUCACCUUGUGGCUGCGAAUGAAUUAUCGUUGGCAUAUUACUUAUUUUUCAUCAAUCAAAUAUUAAUCUUAAACCUUUUUUUGUUUUUCUUCUAAUUUAUUUUGGGUUAAGACAAACCUCUGGGCUUACACACGCAAACACAAAAACACAAAAUCCUUUUCUCUGUUUUUUUUCAAAGAGUCAAUUCUGUGCUCCUCUUUUCUCUUUGAUUUUUUAUACACUUGUAAAGAAAUGAAACACUAUUUAUAUUCAUCAGAGAAGAGGAUUACGUUCAAAACAAUAGGUAAAACGACCUAUUAAUAAAAUUUUAUAAAACUUUA